UGCGCAGGCGCGGGGAAUCUUAGUCCCACGAGCCUUCAAAGCUGCGCUACAACGGAGGAGCCUCCUGCGUCCGCUGGCGUAGCUCAGGGGACCAGUGAAGUCCACGGAGGCGGGGUCCUUGGGGGGCGCAGACAUGUCUUUUCUCGAGGACUCAAGUUUCUUUUCCAUGGGUAUGUGGUCCAUCGGUGUGGGAGCUUUUGGGGCUGCUGCACUGGCACUGCUCCUGGCCAACACAGACAUGUUUCUCUCUAAGCCCCAAAAGGCGGCACUGGAAUAUUUGGAAGACAUAGAUCUGAAAACAUUGGAGAAAGAACCAAGGACAUUCAAAGCGAAGGAGCUAUGGGAAAAGAAUGGGGCUGUGAUUAUGGCUGUGCGAAGGCCAGGCUGCUUCCUCUGUCGAGCGGAAGCAGCAGAUCUGAUGUCCUUGAAGCCCAAGCUGGAUGAGCUAGGUGUCCCUCUCUACGCAGUGGUGAAGGAGAAGGUUAAGAGGGAAGUAGAGGAUUUCCAGCCUUACUUCAAAGGGGAAAUCUUCCUGGAUGAAAAGAAAAAGUUCUAUGGUCCAGAGAAGCGGAAGAUGAUGCUUAUGGGCCUCGUGCGUUUGGGUGUGUGGUAUAACUCCUUCCGGGCCUGGAAGGGAGGCUUCUCUGGAAACUUUGAAGGCGAAGGCUUCAUCCUCGGAGGGGUUUUUGUGAUAGGAUCUGGAAAGCAGGGCGUUCUUCUUGAGCACCGAGAAAAAGAGUUUGGAGACAAAGUGAACCUGCUCUCUGUUCUGGAAGCUGUAAAGAAGAUCAAGGCACAGACCCCAGCCUCCAGGCAAAGCUGAUCACCUGCUGGUUGGGGGAGAACGGGGGCCUGUGCGGUGUUCACCAGAUGAGCUGUGCUUUCACUGUGACCCCAAGAGCUAGGAGGCCAUUGCACCAUAUUUACUGGGAAUUGGUGAUGUAUUUUAAAAUUGUCUGUUUAGAUCCCAGAAUAUUUAACAUUCCGUUUAGACCCAAUAGGGCAAAUAGGUCCCAGACAGAACAGAGUAAAAUCUAACAAAUCAGUGAGAGUUAUUUGAGGAAAGAUCUAGAAAAUUUAAGGCCUAAAGUUGACUGUUAAGCCUCCCGUCACAGGAAUAUGUCCUAGUGCUGGGAUGUGAAGUAGAUUUUGUUUUCAUGCCUAAUUAAAAAGAAAACAUCUGAAAUCUGAGAGAAGUGGGACUAAGAAACAACUCAGUGGUAGAGCAUUUACCUAAUGUGCACAUGGCCCUGGGUAGGAUACACAGACAGACAGACAUACACACACCUAAGAGAAGCUGAUGGUUGACUUGAUAAUUAGAGAAUAUCAUAAAGCAAUUGUGCUGUGUUCUUGGACGGUUUGACAAAGGUAAAUUACAAGGGGAGGCUUCUCAUGGCCCUCCCUCAGGACACAGAUGUGUUUCAGUGGAAAAAGCUGUCACCUCUGGCUCUAAUAAAAAUGCAUCAGGAAUCACCUCUGAA